AUGGGGAGAACCCCAGGUGGGAACCCGGGGGCUGGGGCCGGUCGAGGUGCAGGAGUACCUCUUGUUCAGACUCAAUUUGCUAGGGACCUCGUCGCAGCACUUACAGCUGCAAAUCUUUUAAACCAAACACCUAGAGAGAAUGUCGAGGAUCGAGCCAUGGUGGCAAUGCGAGAGUUUAGCCGUAGGAAUCCACCGGUGUUUGAUGGAACCAGUAGCGACCCGUUGGUGGCUGACCAUUGGCUAGCCCAAAUUCGUAAACUUUUCAGAGCUCUUAAUAUCACAAAAGAUAACAUCAGGGUAGGUAUCGUGGCGGUGCAACUAGUUGGGGAGGCCGGUGAAUGGUGGGAAUCCAUUCUUGAAAGCAGGAAAGACGCAAGGAGAGCGGCAAGGACCGCGGCUCAAGUAGAUGAGCCAGACGUUGAGAAUUUGACAUGGGCUGAAUUUGAGGCGUUAUUUGAGGAGCAGUAUUUUCCAGAAACUAGCCGUGAGCAAUUGAGGGACCAAUUCGAAAAGUUAGAGCAAGGAGGCAUGACCGUGUCGGAGUACGCACAGAAAUUUCAAUCUUUAUCCCGUUUUGCGCCAGAGUUGGUGGCGACGGAAGAGAGGAAAUGUAGACGCUUUGAGAAAGGACUGCAUAAUACCGUGAGGAGAAUGGUAAUGAUGCAACGCAAGACUAAAUACGCCGAGGUAGUUGAGUGUGCGAGAAGUAUUGAGAUACCGAAAGAAGCACAAAGGAAUAGGGGAGUUUGGGAACCACGACAACCAACCGUGAACACGAGUUCUUCAUCGGGGAGCUUUGGAAGCCAAGGGAGGAAAAGGGCAAGGGAACCAUCUCAGAACCGUAGGGUAGUUCGUCGAACUUUAGGCCGCCUUCUUCUUCUUUGGGGGCUCGGGGUGUUCUGUCUAGGCCUUCGCCUGUGUGCUACAAGUGUAACCAACCUGGACACGUUCGUGCUCAUUGUCCACGCCUCGGGGAAACUUGUUAUAUCUGUGGUAAAGCGGAUCAUUUCGCAAGGAAUUGUCCUCAGGGGUCGGGAGUGCGUAGCGAGUCGGGUUCCGUGCAGCAGCCGGGAACGGGGCGUAAUGUGGGCCAGCCGUUUAGGGGUACUCAAAGGCCGCAGCAGCCUUACUUUCGCCAGACUACAUCAGCUCAGAGCUCCGGGAUUGAUAAGGGAGCGAGUUCUUCCGUGCCUACUCAGGGUUCCGAUCAGAGGGGAGGUUUUGUGCAGGGCCAAGGCUCCGGAAACUUCUGUUGUGAGGGAAUCGGAAACUAUUAGUCCUCUUUUGUUUGUCGAAACACCUCUAGGGGGUAGAAUGCCUCUUGAUCGAAUCUGUCGAGAUUGUCCUUGUUUUGAAUUCUUUGAGGAGCGUCGAGAACCAUUGGAACCUUAUUUAUGUGGGCCUCGUGAGCUAGGGUCGGUUUAUUCAUUGUUGGCGAGCUUGACGUUAGAUGAGGAUGCCUUCAUGCGUGGGGAGUUACCCUUAGUGGUUUGCGACUUUCCGGAUGUAUUCCCGGAAGAGUUACUUGGUUUACCUCCCGAGCGAGAGAUUGAGUUCACCAUUGAUCUACUUCCCGGUAUCGCUCCUAUCUCCGUACCUCCGUAUCGUUUCGCACCCGCCGAAUUGAGAGAGCUAAAGACUCAAUUACAAGAACUGGAAAACCUAGGAUUCAUUCGUCCAAUCAAAUUUUUGGGUCACGUGGUUUCGAAAGGUGGAGUGUCUGUUGAUCCAAGAAAGAUAGAAUCCAUUAUGAAUUGGCAGCGACCAAAGAACGUAUUCGAGAUUCGAAGCUUCUUGGGUUUGGCUGGAUACUACCGCCGUUUUGUUUUAGACUUUUCUCGUUUAGCGGCACCGAUGACUAGAUUGACACGUAAGGGGACUCGAUUCGUUUGGAGUGACUCGUGUGAGACAGCCUUUGAGGAGUUAAAGAAGCGAUUGACUACCGCACCUGUCUUGAUUGUACCUGAACGUGGAGUUGGCUACUCCAUGUAUUGUGAUGCGUCUAAGGAAGGGUUGGGAUGCGUGUUAAUGUAG